CCAUGUUGGUAUGUCAAGUGAGAUAUCACUUCCUUUUAUAGUAUAGCCUUCCACCCGACAUGCACAGGACUGGGUGUUUACCUGGAAACGUCUCUUUUUCUUUUGAAGUGUUAACUGAUUUCUAGGAAGUGUAUUAUCAUACUCGGUAAAUGGCAAACAGCCUGCAACACUCAAGAGGCACAAAUCUGCCUCGACCCAUGAUGUAUUGUGAGUUUAAGCUUUGGCUAUAAAAGGAACGAAUCAAUUCGACAGUUGGUCACACAAUGCCUCUACCUUCCUGUGAAAGGGAAUUUGAAGCAGGAAGAAAUUAAGUGUUCGAAUCUCGUCCGAAAGGAGGUAAUAUUAGCUGUCAUCGCUCUGCACUCAGCUGCGAGUGCUGUUGUGUGUCACUGUUAAUUCUACAUGGCUAUCUGAUGGAUGCCAGAAAGCCACCUGAUCCUGCAGCUGGGAUGGCUGAACAUCUGAAGGACGCCACUCAUAGAGCAGACCUACCUUCAGAUGGGCAUAUAUCAGGAGUGGAUGACAUCAAAGCUGAUCCUGCUUCCACUAAUACUCAACAGCUACCACAGACACAGACAGGACCUCAGGGGCCAUAUCAGCAAGGCUUUACAGGUCAUCCUUACUCAUGUCAGCCGGGUCAAGGGCCUUGUCAAGGACCACCUCAGGACAGUGGACAACACCCCAGUGUUGAAGGACAUGGACAGACGGGUCAACAGGUGCCCUCAUAUCCUUAUCCAGGUCAGCAAGGGCAGUGGCCUGGUCAAGGACAGCCUAACUAUCCACAUCCGCAGGGAUCAUAUCCCCACCCUCAAGGACGGCAGAUUCCAUACCCCCAAACACAUUAUGAUCCUAGGUUUGGCUAUUAUGGUUACAGAUAUGGUGGGUAUGUUAGUCCACAAACUGGUCAGCAUCAGUACCCCCAUCCUGAUGGAAGCCAGCAGCAACAUCCAAACCUCUCCCAGCACGGUGAUGAGACCACUGGACAGACAGGCCAACAACCUACACCACCCAGAAAUGAUCAGAGGACACAGAAUGACCAAACCUCCACUGAAACUUCCCAAGCAGUUUCUCCAGCUAGAAGAGACAUUUCACCUGGACCGCACCCCACUUGCUCAUACUCCGUACACCCGCCGGUUUACCCAGGACAGCAAGAUGGACCAUCUUAUCCUGCUUAUCCUGGAUGUCAUCAGUACCCACCAGAACCACCCCCUCCUUAUGAUGGACAUCAGGGAAAUAUGCUGAAACUGGAGCAGGAUCAGUAUGACAUGGAAAAGAAGAUUGCCAUCAAAGAUGCAGUGUCAGCAGCCGAACCUGACAGGACUGGAACAGAUGAGGGCGUGGUCACGGACCCUGCGGAAACAGGCGAUAAAGCAAGGAAGCCCGAUCGGGAUAGGUCAACUGAAGGUGCUGACACAACAGAAAUCACUCCAUGUUACAAAAUUGAAGUGAAAGGACUACCUGCCUCCCUCAGCAAUGACAGCAUCAGUCUGUACUUCGAGAACCGCCGCAGAUCGGGAGGGGGGCCUGUUGUCAAUGUGAUGAACAGAGAAGAUGGAACAGCCGUGGUGGAGUUUGCACGUCCAGAUGAUGCCAAGAGAGUGUUGGAGAAGGGAUCUCACAAGAUUCAAAGGAUUGAUGUUAAAGUCACCCUGUACAAACCCAAGCCACCAACACCACCCCCUGAAGAAGAAGUUCCUCUUGUCUUACCAGACACGAUCAUAGUGACAGGCUGUAGAGGAAUCUCGGAUGAUGUCCUGGAGAUGUACUUUGAGAGCAAGAAGAAGAGUGGAGGAGGAGACGUGAAAUCCAUGGAGAGAAGAGAGGAGGAUGUGGUCCUUGUUACAUUUGAGGACCCUGAAUAUGUCAAGAGAGUGUUAGAGAAGGGAUCUCACAAGAUUCAAGGGAUGGAUGUUGAAGUCACCCUGUACAAACCCAGGCCACCAACGCCACCACCUGUUGUCUCACCAGACACGAUUAUAGUGACAGGAUGUGGAGGAAUCUCGGAUGAUGUCCUGGAGAUGUACUUUGAGAGCACGAAGAAGAGUGGAGGAGGAGAAGUGAAAUCCAUGGAGAGAAGAGAGGAGGAUGUGGUCCUUGUUACAUUUGAGGACCCUGAAGAUGUCAAGAGAGUGUUAGAGAAGGGAUCUCACAAAAUACAAAGAAAGGAUGUUGACGUCUCCCGGUACAAACCCAGGCCACCAACGCCACCACCUGUUGUCUCACCAGACACGAUUAUAGUGACAGGAUGUGGAGGAAUCUCGGAUGAUGUCCUGGAGAUGUACUUUGAGAGCACUAAGAAGAGUGGAGGAGGGGAUGUGAAAUCCAUUGCGAGAAUAGAUGAGGAUGUGGUCCUUGUCACAUUUGAGAACCCUGACGAUGUGGAAGCUGUGCUUCAGAGGAGUCACCAGAUACAAGGAGUCUCUCUCCAGGUUUCCCAGUACACUAUUCCCUCGCGAUCAGCUCACCACCGGAAACUGGCAGCAGCUGAAGAACUGUACCUUACUGCAGAAGAGGAUGAGGAUGAAGAGGAAGAGGAAGAUGAUAACAGUGUCUUUGUUAUCCUUGUCCAAGGAUUGGCAAAUACUGUGACAAACGAAACUCUGACGGACUUUUUUGAAAACCGACGUCGAAAUGGAGGAGGAGAGGUGGAAAUCGUGGAGAUUGACAGAGAUUCAGCAACAGCUCUUGUCUACUUUGAGAAAGGCGAUGUUGUGAGGAGGGUUCUACAGAAGGCACCACUUGUCCUAGAAAAGAAAAAGAUUGAAGUCUCUGAAUAUCUCCCUUCCAAACAGCCAGGUUUGGUUACCAUUGAUACUGUCUUGAAAGGAAAGAAAGAAGGAACAGUUGUGAAAGUGGAGAAAUAUGGAUUGAAGACAAAUGAUGAAGUACUGACCAUGUACUUCGAGAACAAGAAGAGGAGUGGGGGGUCUGACGUGAAGGAGAUCAUUCCAGAUGUACAAGAACACGCAAAAUAUGUUGUUUUUGGAAGCAAAGAAGAAGCAGAAGCUGUUGUUGCCAAGCGACACCACACUGUGGAUGGGCACAAGCUGCUGGUGAGUCCGUACAGACCCCCCACCCCUCCUCCCCCUCGGCCACAGUAUCAUGACAGAUUCUUCAUCACCGGACUCCGAGAGAAGACCACUAAAAAGACUUUGAUGAAGUUCCUGAAGCAUAAACUGGCCUGUCAUCCCAAGGAUCUUGUGUACGGGGAGGAACCUGGAUCUGUUCUUGUUAAUAUAGAAGUCACACAAGGAUCACUAAAACUGAAGAAGAUGCAGCGUGUGUGCCGGAAGCAUCCCCUGGAAGGGGCGUUCCUGGAGCUGUCUGCAGUGCCGGUCUCCAACUGUAUCCGAGUCACUGGCAUCACGGCCAGCACAUCCACAGAAACAUUACAAUACUACUUCGAAAGUAAAAGGGCAGGCAAUGCAAAAGAACUCUCUGUGGAAAAUGUGAACAUAGAAGAUCCAAGACAUGCCAUAGUCCAUUUUGAAGACCAUUCAGUGAUACCUGAGAUUUUGGACAGAACCCACAAGUUAGAUGACAUGGCCCUUACAGUAUCCCUGUACACUGAAUGUCUGGGAUCUGGAGGUGGACACAGCAAUCCCACAUGGUUCACAUUGCCACCACCAAUUACUUUACAGAAUGUUGACUCUUACAAACUGACAUUCAUCAGAGGUUCUAGUCUAAAUAUGAAAAAUCUACAAAAGCAGCUGAAAGAUGGAUGUGCUGAUCUGAAGCUUGAGUCAGAUGAUUCUGUGAUCCUUGAAUGCUGUCUUACCAAAGAUAUGCCUGAUGCAAGAAACAAGGCUAAGUCUUGGAAGAAAAAUGCAACUGAGGAUUUGGAACAUUUUCUUUCUUUGCUGAUCACUGAGAAGGUAAAUGUCCUUCAGGAGGUUUGGGAUCAUGUGAUGAAAGAGGUCGAGAAGAUGAAAAUUUCCAAGCCAGAUGCAGCAACUUUGUUUGUCUUUGAUGAGUCUCAUCUGAUAGUUGUGGUUGGCCAUAAAAUGCUAGCAGAAAAACUGUCAAAACAGGUGAAGGACGUGGUAGCCUCGGUGGAGGGAGACCAUGAGCGGAAGAAGAAGGAAAUCACUGAAACAAUGUCAAGUCUGAAGUCAUGGCAGUUACACCUACUGCUUGCUCUUGGGUUCCCAGGUGAUAUGAUGAAGAAAUAUGAACACCUAAAGGUUGAAAUUAAUGUGACCAAGAAAAAGAUUAUUUUCAUAGGAUUAGUUUCUUUUGUGAAAUCUGCAAAGGUUGACAUGUAUGAAACAAUGACUGACUUCAAGCAGACAUCUUUGCCCAAUGUGCUUGUUGCUCAGAUGAUGCUUCUUCAGAAGAAAGAUGUCAGGGAUUACAUUGUGAAGAAGCUGAAGCUGAAACAUCUGGUUGGUGUCUGGGAGGCAGACAAAGGUAAACUGUAUGUGUAUGGGAGGACAGACACUGAAGCUGCAGAUGUUGUAAGAGUUCUGAAACAAUGUGUGGUCCAGCAAGUCAUCAACCUGGACCCGGAAUCUGUCCCACUCUUGGCCUCUCCAGACUGGAAGAGGAUCUGUGAUGAUCAGACACAGGGCAGAGGGGACACUGUGAAGAUCAUCACAGCAGUGGAUCAGUCUCAUAUUGUCAUAGCUGCUAUAGAUGAACUGGUAGCUGGGGUGGCAGAAGAGGUGAACAACUUCAUCACAGAAUACACAGUGUAUAGCGACACUGUCCAGUUCCCAAGGGGAAUCCAGCGGUUCAUGACUACGCAUAAAGAUACUGAAAUCAGAGAGCUUUCUGAAAAAUUCAAAAUAUAUUCUGUUAAGAUUAUCUACCAGAGGACAUCUGGUGAUUUUACAGUGAAAGGAACCAAAGAUGGAUUAAGAAUUGUAAUGGGGGAAUUGGAAAGACUUUCCCAGAAUGUGAUAUAUGGCAGCCACCUUUUCAACAAACCAGGGAUUGCUAAACUGAUCCUAUCUGACAAAGGAGAGGCUGAUAUCAAAAGGAUUGAGCAAACAGAACGGUGUGUGAUAGAGCGAACUUAUGAUCCAAAUGAGCGGACGGUUUAUGGUAAUACACGGAAGCAAAGGGGUCUAAGAACAGUUACAGGAGGGCCUAAGACCCAAGCUACAUGUGACCUUGGGUCCAGCCGUACUCUGUACAUGUGCCAAGGUGACAUCACACAGAUGAAGGUGGGGGCUAUCGUUAAUGCAGCAAAUCAACAUCUUUCUCAUGGCGGUGGAUUGGCCAGAGCCAUUGUUGAUAAAGGUGGCAGAAUUAUUCAAGAUGAAAGUGAUGCUAUCAGACGGAAAAAUGGUGAUGUGAAUGUCGGAAAAGUAGCUGUGACCAGUUCUGGAAAUCUUCCCUGCAAGAAGGUCAUCCAUGCUGUAGGACCUAUAUGGUCAGGUGGGAAGAAUGACGAGGAAGGACUCCUUCAAGAAGCUAUAUUUAAUAGUCUUGAGAUGGCUGAUAGCUGUAAACUUCCUUCUAUUGCCAUCCCAGCUCUAAGCACUGGUAUCUAUAGAUACCCAGUGACAGCAGCAACUGAGUCUAUCAUUGAUGCAGUACAGAUAUUUUUCACAGACAAUCCAGGUAGCAAGGUGAUGGAUGUCUACGUGUGUGACAACAAUGUCAACACUGUUCAAGCAUUUAUCCAGGCUGUGAAGAAAGUUUGUGGUGCCGCUAAAGUGGUUUCUGUGAACCAAGGUGUGGUAGCUGCAGAUGAAGACGAUCGACAACACAGAUCCCAAAGGAGAUCAAGGAGACCAAGGCAUUCUAAACAACAGUAUGCUUCUCCAGAGAGUGACGACGCAUUCAGUCGAGAGAGGGAGGAUGCAUUCAGUUCCUCAAGUAUUCAGAUAAACAUUGUUUCUGGAGAAAUAGCUACAGAACAGGUGGAUGUUAUCGUCAACUCGACCUCAAAUGGCUUAGAUCUGAACAAUGGAGCGGUGUCCAAAUCCAUCCUGCAAAGAGCUGGAAUGGUUAUACAAAACGAGUGUUCUCAGAAGUACCCAAGCGGUGUUCAUCCAGGAUGUUUUGCCAUUUCCAGUGGAGGAAUGCUGAGCUGUCGCCAGAUUUACCACACCUGUCUUCCAAGCUGGACUCAAGACGCCAAUGGGCAACAGGUUCUGCAAGAUUUGAUUCGAGAUUGUCUUCAGGAAGCUCACAAAAAACGGUACCAGUCCAUUGCUUUCCCUGCACUGGGUACUGGUAACCUGGGAUACCCACGAGAUGUGGUGGCCAAAACCAUGAUGGAGACGGUGGAAGAGUUCGGACAGGACAACCCUGGAACAUCACUCCAGGAGGUGAAGAUAGUUGUGUACCACAAGGAUAAUGCGACUACUAAGGCAUUUCAGUACCACAGACAAAUUGGUUCCAUUGGUGCAGGUGCCCAUUCAGGUGCCCAUAGCAAAGCAACAUCAAGUAGUCGUAGCAGGAGAAAAUUCGCAAAGGGAGGUUCAUCAUCUGCAGAAGAAAAGACAGAUGACCGUAGUGGGAGUGCGGAUUAUGGAUGGGAACAUUUGUCAGCGACUGAUCUGGAACAAGUCUUCAAGAUUGGCAAAGUGACUGUAACUCUGAAACCAGGAAACAUCACAGGAGAAAAAGCCAACUGCAUUGUCAAUAGCACAAACAGUCAACUGAACCUUAAACAAGGUGCUGUAUCCAAGUCUAUUUUAGAAGCUGGUGGAAACGAUCUAGAAAAAGAACUGAUUCUUAAAAAGAGUGAUAUGAAGAACAAUGGAAUAGCCGUUACAACAGCAAAAGGUCUUCCAGCUGACUAUAUUAUCCAUUUAUCAAGAGAACACUUUCAAGACUGGCAGCCAGCAAUAGUCCAGUGUUUGAAGGAGGCUAGCAAACAGAGACUUCAGUCCAUUGCCUUUCCUGCCCUUGGAACAGGCAUGUUUAACACAAAACCAGAGGACAUGGCAAAGACAUUUGUAGCUGCUCUCGAUGACUACCAACAGUCAACAAAGAAAAUUGUCGAAGAUGUUCGGAUAGUUAUCUUCGUGAAGACCAUGUUUGAACCUUUCUUCGCUGGGGUCAUUGAAGCUGUGACAGCCAGAAAUGAGGGGAAAAAAGGACUAUUGCGGAAGGCAAUGGACUUCUUCACUGGUGGUAGUGGUGGAAGUAGACAUGAGGCAGGAUCUUCUGGAUCUACACCAGGAACUGUUGAUUCUGCACCUUCCGACGUGACCCUCCACUUCUUCUAUGAUGAUGACAUGCACCUUGACAGGGCUAUUCAGAAGCUGGAAAAGACAUACAGGGAAUCAGUAGCAGAUCAAGUAUUCCAAGACCCGGGUUUGAAAGACCUGUCGAAGGCUCAGGAGAGAGAACUGGACAAUUUAAAGAAUAAGUAUCAAAUUGAUCUGGACUACAACCGGAAGUUGGGUCGAGUGAGGCUCCAGGGUUUGCCUGGGGAUGUUGUGUCUGCUAUGGGAGCACUUCACAAACUUACUCUGGGGGUACAACGCCAAAAACAAGAGACAGAAAAGGCUGAGAUUGUAUCCUCAUUUGUUCAGUGGAAAUAUGUGGAAACAGAUCAAAAUGGGAGCGAUGUUCACAGAGAUUAUGACAAAAUAUCCAACCAAAUAAUUGAAGAAGCAUACAAGAGCAAGAAACCCUCCGUCACGCUAAGUACAACCGAUAAUACGGUUUAUAUAAUAGAUUUCAAAAACAUGGAAGAGUAUCCUUUGAAGAACACAAGUGACAAAGCAGCCAUCAUCAGGAAAGACAUGAUUCAAGGAAAUUCAUCAUCCUUUGAACCUCCUCCAAAUUGGACUAAAACAAGUUCAGACUGUGAAAAUGUUCUUGUUGAUACGAAUUCCACUGAGUAUCAAACACUUGUGCAAAGUUUCUGGAAUAGUGUUGGAUCACAAAGAACUAUCAUAAAGGUUGAACGGAUUCAGACCAAGUUCCUGUGGCAGCAGUAUCUAGCCAAGCAGCAGCAGCUUGACAGGCAGAACCCUCCUGGACAUAAGAACGAAAUGAUACUGUGGCAUGGGACAGCACCUGAUGCUAUUCCUAGCAUCUGUAAAGGGGGAUUCAACAGGAGCUACUGUGGAAAAAAUGCAACAGCACAUGGAGAUGGAGUGUACUUUGCUGUGAAUGCAAAGUACUCCGCCUCCAGCACCUACUCUGUACCUGAUCAGCAAGGCUACAAGUACAUGUUCCAGGCAAGAGUGUUGACAGGCGUGACCACACGAGGUCAGCGUGGAAUGAGAGUCCCACCAAUUAGAGAUCCAGCUAAUCACAUCAACUUUGAUGCUGUCACGGGACCUGACAUGUUCAUCAUAUUCAAUGAUACCCAGGCAUACCCAGAAUACCUUAUUACCUUCCAGUAAUUCUAGUACAUUGUAGUACUUUCUUGAAAGGGUGAUGGCAUGCAAUUGUUAGUGAUUUAUGUACACUGUGAUAAAGUUAUAGGAUCAAUAUUGAUAAGUUUGAUUGCAGUUUUUACCAUCUGACACACUGGGUCCUCAUUUAAUAUUUAUGACAAUACAAAACACAUGAAGUAAUUAAUGUUAAAACUUCCUAGCGACAAUACAUUCUCCUGUAUUAGUAUUA